CUCAUUUCUAAAGGAGAGGAAGAAAACUGAUGAACACUCAGUCUUGACAAACGUUUUCAGGAGAGUCAACAUAAGGCCUGUGACUUAGGCCUGCCAGGUAAAACUUGUGGUGAACUCAAGGUGAUGAGAUGGAGCAGGCUGCUGGGCCCGACGGAGAUUCAGCCGGACAGCGCUGCGGUGACGACGUGCUGAUGUCGGGAAACGAAACUUACGGAAAGCGAAACACGGAGGGUAUAAGAAGGGCGGCGAUGCGGCUUCCUCAGCACACUCAGACCCAGGAUGGGCGUCCAGGGUUUGAUGACCUUCGUGGAGACCCACCAGCGGAUCUACCGGGACGUCCGCUUCAGGAGCAGCCGGCUGGUGGUCGACGGCUGCAACCUGCUCUACCUGCUCUACUUCGACUCAGGUCUGGACCAGAAUCACGGCGGGGAGUAUGCUGCAUUUGAGGACUUGAUUGAGAAGUUCAUCUCAGUUCUCAGAGACUGCAGCGUCUCCCCGUACGUGGUGCUGGAUGGGGGCUCAGAUCACACCGACAAGAAGCUCGACACGGUGACUCUAAGAGCUAAGGAUCGGAUCCAGAGAGCCCAUCGAGCGGCGGUGGGCGGCAGGCAGGAGAAAAUCCUACCACAGCUGGUCAAGAUGGUGUUCAAGCAGACGCUGGCCCGUCUGGGGGUCCCGUUGGCUCAGUGCUAUGCAGAGGCCGACCAACAGAUUGCCGCUCUGGCCAAUGAGUGGAAGUGUCCGGUGCUUUCCAACGACAGCGACUUCUAUAUCUUCGAGCUCUCGGCCGGCCUGCUGCCCCUCUCUCAUUUCCAGUGGAAAGCGGUGGAGCAGAGAGCCUCAGGGAGCUACAUCCCCUGUAAGAGCUACAACGUCUCCAGCUUCUGCAUCUUCUUCAGCUUCCAGCAGCAGCUCCUGCCCGCAUUCGCCGCCUUGGCCGGGAAUGACUACGUGAAGCUGCAGAGGACGCAGUCGUCCAUCAGCUGGGCUCAGUUCUCCCCAGCAGGCAGAGGAAGCCACCUGGAGGGGCUGCUCUGCUGGCUGAGAUCCUUCCACCAGCCUCGGGAGGCUUUGGAGGCGGCGCUGGGGCUCAUGGGAGAGCUGACCACGCAGAGAAAGGAGGAGGUGCGGCACGGCUUGUAUCAGGGCAUGGAGGAGUAUCAGCUUCCUCCCAGCUAUCUGAAGAACUUCUUCAUCCAUGGGAUGGCGCCUCCGUUUCCAGCAGGAGAAGAAGUGGCAGGUCUCGUCCCAGACUGGAUCCGGCUGCCGCUGACGCAGGGCCGGCUGACUCCAGACGUCCUGGAUGUGCUGCUGCUGCAGAGGAUGAGCCUGGGCUGCCCCGUGGACCGCGCCGACAUGCCCAGCGCUUACCUGACGUCCAGGCCGCUCCGCCAGGUGAUGUACGGGCUGCUGCUGGGCAGAGGGAGGCCGGUUCAGGUCCAGGAGAGAGACAGAGACGGCCUCGAGCUGAGACUGAUCCCAGUCCAACCUGCCCUCCGCGGAGUCGCCAAGCAGCUGCCACUCGACUCACUGGACAAGGUGGAGCCCUCUCAGCGUCUGCAGGUGUUGCUGAAGUCUCUGGGUGUGACUGAGGCCUCCCUGAGCUGCCUGCCACCUCAGCUGCGCCUCCCGGUGGCCGUCACCUGCUACUGGCUGCAAAGGGCUCAGCCUCCCCUGGCGGAGAGGCUGCUGAGGGCGCUGCUGCUGGGCCUGAGCAACGGAGACGCCCUGAGACGGAGAACAGGUCUGCUGAUUCAAAAUGGCCUCCCUCAACAAAAGCUGAGCGUGGCCGUGUCUCACGCCUUCAACCAAUGGCAGGCCUGCCUGAAGGACAGCAUGCACCUGAACCAGCUGCUGGGCUUCCCCUUACCUGAACCACAGAUCGCCAGGUUGUACGAGGGGACGUUGGUCCACUAUCUGGUCCACAGGAUGAGCUCAGGGGGAAGACUGAAACCCUUUCUGAAGAGCGAUUCCUCAUGUGUGAAGCACUACAGAAUCAUGCUGAGCGUCAUCCACCAGUUUCGCCCUCAGGAGGCGUCGACGCCCUCGGAGGAGCAGGAGAGAGUGGCGGCUCUGCGGCGGCGAAGGCGACGGCAGCCUCUGGACGACUUGACCGUCGACCUGCAGCAGCUGUUCAUCCAAUGCACGGACGACGAGGAAACCGCGGCUGAAGUUCGAUGCACAGUCAGAGCGCUGGAGGACCAGGAUCUGGACGACAUGGUGUCAGUGAGAACACGUUACAAAGCUAAAGAGAGACUCAACCGGUGCAACACCCCAGAGCUGAUCCGCAAAGAGGAGCGCCGGGGCCUCUGAUCUCAGCCGUCCAGCCCAGGGUCCCGCUGAGGGGCACUCGGACGUCACUUCAGUCCUGGUUUAGAAGCACACUGUGGGGCGGCUCACUUCAGCCAGCUCCCUGAUGAGUCCAGCAGGUCGUCUGUUUUAGCUUAAAACCGCGGUCAGAACGCUCAGUUUGUAAGAGAUUUAACUCAACAGCUUUUCUAAUUAAAACGAGCUGCACUUUCAAUGUUUUUUAAAGCUUUAAACUGUUGAAUCGAACUGUGAAUCGAAAGCCUUUGCACUGAAUGAGGUCAGAACGCAGUCUGCUGUAGACGACCUUCUGGUGUGCAUCUGUGUGCCGUGAAAAUCUGAAUAAGAACAAAGUGAACUUCUUGAAAAGUUUUAGAAAAUUUUAAAAUCCAUUUUAUUCUCUCACACACACACACACACACACGUCAUGAAUAAAAGUGAAGAUGCAGUGAGCCGCCGUGCGACUGGCUUGUUCUGUUUUUCUGGUCAAACGUGAUUUUUGUUUUCCAGCUGGAGGAAAGCAGCAGGACGUCACAAAGCUGCCGUGUGAUAAAAGCUCCCACAGAGCUCGACACAUCAGGGGGAUGAUGUAGCCAAAAGUAUGUGGACACUCCCUUCCACUUCCUUUUCAGAGUUUCGGUGUGACUGUGGUUCUUCAGCGUUCAUCAUGUUUAUGAGUCAGGCUCCUUCACCAACUGUUUGGUCAAAUUUCCCACAGCUGAAGGCCAGCUUGUUCCACUCAAAGUUUACUGUGACAAAGUAUUAAAAGGCAUCACAGCUGAGAAGCCAAAAUGAGGGAACGUCUCUUUGUGAAGCUGUCAUUUUUAUGUGAAGCGUGAGGAUUAAUAGUUUACCAGAUUUGUUGCUGUUGAUCAACUUAUGGAUGAACUGAGAAAACAUCAACAGAGUUGUUAUAUUUUCUGCACAUUAAAGAUGCUGAAUCUG